CUCAACAUUAGAGAGGAGUCUUCUCUUCCUCCUGACUCUGCUGCUGUUCCGCUGAAGCUAAAUCGGCCGAGCUAAAAGCGUCUCUCUCCGUGUAUAACUACAUGCACCAGAUGAUGUGCACUGAGAGGGUGGUUUGCAAUAAAGACCACCAGCUAUGCAGAGCUGCUGCUCGGCUUCCCAGUGUCUUGUGUUGGUAGGAUAGACAGUCAGCAGGUUAUCAGGAAGCUGAAGAAGAGAAGCAUCAGACAGACAGGAGGCCACGGUUCACCCCUCACACACACACACACAUCACCACGGCCUUGAUGGUGAUGUAUGCAAGGAAACCAACCAGAGUCAGCGAUGGGUGCAACGACAGAAGGGAUUCCCAAUCCUAUCAGACCCAUAAAUCUCAGCCAAAGAGCCAGUCCAGCAGCCUUCACCGCUAUGACAAGGUGCGCGACAGCUCAUCGGACCCUACGCCCCCUUACAAGAUGCUGCGACGCUCCGACGAAAGUCCCGUCAGCAGACAUGGAGAAGGCGUGGGACAUGGCAAGGCGAAAACCUCUCAUGCGGUUAGAGGAAAAAAUGGGACCAGCGGCUCUCCUCAGGAGAACUCUCACAACAACAGCUCCCACCAUGGCUCCGACUCGCAUGCCACUCAGAGCAAGCCUGCAGACAGGCACCAGGACCCAGCAGAUGACUGGACAGAACACAUCAGCUCCUCUGGGAAGAAGUACUACUACAACUGUAGAACCGAGGUCUCCCAAUGGGAGAAGCCCAAGGACCUGUUGGAGAGGGAACAACGACAGAAAGACCCAGUCAAGAUGGCAGCGAAUAGUUUCCCCAGGGACAUGGACUACAGACAAGAGGCCUUGCAGGACAAAGCCUCAACAAAGACCACAUCAGGGGACCAGUCCACAGCAUCCAACUCCGGCCAUUCCUCCUCUUCCUCUGCUUCUCAGAGCCUGAACUCUGCUCUCGGCGCUUUAGGUUCCACCCCCUCCGCCAUGUCCUCCUCCUCUUCCUCCUCUUCGGGGCAAGUGCCUCAGUCUGUCCAGUCCCCGUCACCAGCACUGCUGCAGGACCCAGCCCUCCUGCACCAGCUCCUCCCGGCGCUGCAGGCCACUCUGCAGAUGAACAACGGCAGCAUGGACAUGGCGAAACUCAACGAGGUCUUGGCCGCUGCUGUCACCCAAGCUUCCUUGCGGUCUGUGCUUCAUAAGCUCCUCACUGCUGGACCCGCUUUCAACAUCACUGCUCUGCUCUCAGCUGCUCAGCACUCCAAUCAAGCCCAGCACUCCAGUCAGUCCCCCGUCUCCCUGACGUCGGAUGCAUCAUCGCCGCGGCCGUACGUCUCACCACGGAACGGCACGCCACAGAGCAACCAGAAGUCUCUUCUGGGCGUGCACGUUGGCAGCAUCGCGUCUUCACAAACAAGGGGCAGCAUGUCUUCAAGUAAACAAGGAUCAGCCCCCCUGUCUCAGACCGUAGAGAAGCGUCCAGAGGACCCCAGAACUCUCCAGCAGAGAAGCCAGGAGAUUCUGUUCACAAACAUAACUGGUGCGCUGGCCCACACCACCUCCGGCGGCAGCAGCGGCAGCAGCAACAGCCAGUCCCAGGCCGAAAACCCCGGCACCUUCACGCCCUCCCUGGCAACUCAUUUUGACGAGAGCCUCAUCAGACAUAUCCAAGGAUGGCCUUCAGAGAACACUGAGAAACAGGCGGCUCGGUUGCGCGAGGACAUCCACAACAUGGGCAGCUUGUACAUGUCUGAGAUCUGCACGGAGAUGAAAAACCUCCGCUCCCUGGUUAGAGUGUGUGAAAUUCAGGCCACGCUGAGGGAACAGAGAAUCCUGUUUCUGAGGCAGCAGAGCAAAGAGCUGGACAAGCUGAAGAACCAGAACUCGUACAUGGUGUGAGGACCUGCCCCAGAGAAGGGACGGAUGGAUUUGAAAUAACGAUUGAAGAAGAGGAGUUAGACAUGGGACAGCAAGCUGCCAACAGCCUGUUCAUUCUCCCCCACCAGAGCAACUGAGAAAAGCUGUUAGAAGACAAACGAGACGGCGGCUGACGAAGUGAAGCUCCAUCAUCCUGAACAUGUCUUUUUUUUUUUUCCUUUUCUUUUUUAAAAAAAAGUUUCUUUUUCCAGUGUCCACAACAUGAAUUGCUCUCGUCGGGACACGUAAACCAGUGGACAUAGAGGACCUGAGGCUCUUUUCAAACAGCACCUUUUCAGACUGUGAACCUUGGAUUGUGUGUAUUGUAUUGGGUUAACUUGUUUUCUGGUGUGUUUUUGAUGUGUAGUGGUCAGGAAAAGAUUACAAUUCAUUCUUGGGAAAAUGAACUAAAACAAAACCAUCUCAUAAUAAUUGGUGUGACACAGUUUUUUGGAGGGGAGGGGGGGGCUCCCCGAUCAUCUGAAAUGGACUUGCAUUGAAAUGUAUGGAUUCAAUGGCAGUGAUGUUACUAAUGUUAUUUUUAAUUCACUAUACUUGUCCGUGGUUUUUGCCAUCCCAGCGCGUCUUUGAGCUGGUUGGUUUUACAUGUCAUGAGAUUAGCGAAGACCUUUGGCCAGACCUUUUCUGAAAAUACUUAAAUGUGCUUCAGUUGUUUUGUCCCAGUCGGUGGGAAUCUGGUUCCAGUGGUGCAGAUUUACCGGGACGUUAUGGCUAGUUAUGUCAAACACACUCCAGAUGUUUCAAAGCCAUUUUGAAAGAGCCUACAUUAUUGGACCUAGGUUGGCUGCUAGUGCAUAAUGAGGGUUGCAUUCGUUUGUAGCCCUGCUGGCUGGUUAUCUUAUCCCCUUCUGCUAUUCGUCUUCUUUUUUUGUGUAAUUGUUAUCAUUUUGUUUCUCUCCCAAGUCAGAUUGGGGGGGGGAUAAAUUUCAUUCCUUUUGUGCAGCUUAGCAAGAGAUUGUGUAAAAGAAUAGAAAAGCGACUGAAUUCACAGUCAUGUAAAGCUAAAUUAUUGUUGCACAUGAUUGAACACGUCCUUGUAGUCAUAAUGGGGGAAAAAGAUCGUAUGAAAGACGUUUUAUUUUUCAAAAAAGGCAACUCGUGUUUUGUUUAAUCAUUGUUUUGUUCAGCUGUCGUGGCUGCAGCCCUUUUAUCAACUGACUCGAGCCAGAUUCGGCCGCUUUUUUUUUUUUUUUAAAAAGGCUUCAUUCAUGAUGAAGAGGGUAAACUUUUUAUAUGAACACCACAUUAAAUUGCAGUCGUACACUUCCACACCCA